AAUGAUUAUAGAUCAGUGGACCAGCUAGAUUUAAAAAUUACAGGAUAUAUAUAGAACUGGGACAGCUGCCAAGCAGUACUUUCGGUUUACAUACAGUGAGUUCUUUCCGUGUUGAUCAUUGCACAAGUUGGAAAUCAUAAUUAACUAUGGCAGAAGGUGGGAUUCCAUUAGAAGAGGAACGUUUGCCAACUUUACAAGAUUUCUUGAACAACGAACGCCUCAGGACCCUCUACCAAGACCCAGAGGUUCAGAUGAUUUUCACAGAAAUCGAGAACAACCCGUCCACCAUUCACCAGCAUCACAAUAAAAGCAAAGUCCAAGAAGUUCUCAAGCUGAUUCAGGCCGAGUUUGAUCGCUAUCAGCCAAACAUGGCUCCAGAUAACCAACACACAAGAAGUGAUUCAAACAAUGGUUAUAUCAAUGAUGAUGACGAUUUACAGGAUAUUAUUCAACAAAUACAACAACAAGAAAACCAGGCUGCAGGAAAUUCCUAGACUGCUGGGAGAGAUAGAGAGAGAGAGAGAGAGAGAGAGAGAGAGAGAGAGAGAGAGAGAGAGAGAGAGAG